AUGUUCAUAUUUUAUAAAAAUUUAAAUGAUCCCAGUAAUCUUCAUUUCAAUAUGAAAAGUGACAGGUCAAAGAGUUAUUUACGAAACGAUUUUUAUUUGUCAAUUCAAACUAUGUCCAGAAUUGUUCUCCUUCUAGCGCAUACACGUAAACAAUUAAGUCAUAAUGAUAUAAAAUGUAAAGAAAAUCAAUAUUUGUCAGAUAAUUUUCAACAAUCAUCCAAUCCUUUAUGGUUAGAAGAAGAUAAACUAAUGGAUUCAUCCAAUUUUAAUGAUAAUUUUCAAGCUGUAAAUGAUCUAAAUGAAUUGAAAUCUCAUAUCAAUCAUUCAAUACUGGAUGUUUCCAAUAUUGACAGAAAACAAAUAAGAAUCUCAGAAACUUUCUACCCAGUUAAUGUAAAUGGACUUCUUAUUUGGAAUUUGCAUAUUAACAAUAAAUCAAAUGAAAUUAUUAUAUGUCCUGAAACAUAUCAGAUAUGGUUGAAUAAUCAAAAGAUUAAAAAUAUCAAAGUAUAUUUAGAUUGUCAUAGACAAUCACAACAUGGAACAUUAUUACUUCAAUUUGAAAUGAACCUUUCAAAUGAUUCAACUAAAAAUCAGCAUUCAUUUCAACAAAUUAUUAAAAGUUUUAAUUAUCAAUUUAUUAUUUCUGCAUUUUAUUCAUAUGAAUGUUCUGUGACACUAGAAGAUAAAGAACUUAUUUUAGAUCUAUUACAAUUGAAACAUAUGAAAUCAUUUAUGAAUAUGUCAAUGACCAAUUGGACAAUUCGUUAUAUUUAUCACAUUUAAAUUAUUACCAUAUUCGAAAACCAGUAUGUAUAAUUUAGGUUUAUUAAUAGUAUAACUAAUGAAUUAAUAAAUAAAAAUAAUUCUUAACAUGUUUCUAUUGAG